AUGUCUUCUUCAUCCUGCGUUUCAAGAAAUUCUCACAAACGCCGUUUGAACGCGGAAAGAGGAACGCCGAAACAGUGUUGGUGUGGUGAACCCUGUUACAUUUCUACAUCUGGAACCUUUACAAAUCCAGGAAGAUUGUACUAUUGCUGCGGAAAAAGACAUUUAUUCAAAUGGGCGCAUGAUUGUUUGGUUGAAGAGGUUGAUGAUAUUAACUCACUGAUAAGUGGCAUGAACAAAGACAUCUCGGAAUUCAGACUUAACGUUGCUCAGUUGGAGAAAGAGAUUGAAGUAAUGAAGACGGCGUCUGAGGGAAAAGGAGAAGAAUGUAUGAGUCAGGGUCGGUGUUUGAGGAAUGUGUUUGUUUGUGGGGUUGGAAUGUCGUUACUUUGCUACUACUACUACUUUGUUUAG